AUGGAGAAGGUUCCGGGGAAAUGUCUGGCGGAUGCGUGGAGGGGCAUGGAGUACGAGGCGAAAGAGAGACUUGUCAGGCAGAUGGCGAGUUAUUCGAGCGAAUUGUUCAGGAAUCAGUUACGGGGUAUUGGGAAUAUCUAUCCAGACUUGUCAUCGCCACACAGCAGUGCCCCUCCAGAAGUCAAAAGGAUCGUUUCGAUGCAGUUCCUUUGGGGCAAUCAUAUAAUGCGGCAAGACGUCCGUCGGGGCCCUUUCCACUCGAGCAAGGCCUGGGUAUCUUCCCUGUUAUCUCUCAGUGAACACGAUUGCAUAGGUGUACUGAACAGCAGCGGUGGGAUCAAGGACAGCGACAUUGAGGACGCAGAGAGGACAUUACGCAUCGUCAGGAGGCUCAAGUCUCACAUAAUCGAAUUCUUCCCUAACGAUGAAUGUGGCCAGGGGGAAGAUCCAGAGCCCUCUAUGCUUUAUCACGAUGACCUCUCCAUGCGCAACAUUCUAGUCAACGAGAAAGGCGAUCUUGCAGGCGUGGUGGAUUGGGAAUAUGUUUCGGCGCUACCACUGUGGAAAGCAUGCUAUUAUCCCUUCUUCCUACAACGCCGUCCUAGAAACGACAAGCCUGAUCGGAACAAGUAUCGGCAAGAAGAGGAUGGAAAUCCUAAUAGCUUGUACUGGGAACAUCUGAUGGAGUACGAGCGGACAAAGCUGCGCCGGUAUUUCCUCGAUGAGAUGCGACGGUUGGAGCCCAAGUGGAUCAAGGUUUUUGAUUCUUCUACAGCGAAAAGGGACUUCUAUCUGGCCGCUGAAAACUGCGACAACGAAUUCCUUGCGAGAGAUAUCACGGAAUGGCGCGAUGACGUUAGUGCAAGGAGAGGAAUAGUACGCAGUUUGCGUGAUAGAUUCGACGAAUCUUGA